CCGCACGCAUAGCGCUGAAAUCACACAGUGUAGCUUCUAUAUUAGCCACCAGGGAGCUAUUUAACUAGCUACAAAAAUAAACCAAUAUCUUUAAUAGGUGGAAAUUACAGUGUGUGCACUGAACUGACGAAAGCAUCGAAAGGGUUGUUUGGUUUUUUGUCCGUCUUUGAAAUAAAUCGAGGCGUGUGUGAGAGGGGACCAGGGUUGUUCAAGCACCUCCGCCAGCUGCUGCAGAAAAUGUUGAAGAAAUGAUUGCAGCUGAGGAUUUGCCCACAGAGUUUCAGUUUCCUCAAGAGGCAGAAUCUCAGCUGUCUUCAGAUACUGACCUCGAGGAUCACGAUGGGAAAAAUGCGAGGACAGGAAAGGUCAUGGCUCCCAAGAGAGGGAAGAAGGCGCUCGGAGAGAAGGCCAAAGGUGGCGGAGCAGCGCGGGGUCCGGGUCUCGGCUGGGUGAACGGCCAUCAUCAGGAGAAUGGGACGGACACCAUGACCCUGUUUGAGGUGGUUAAAAUGGGGAAGAGCGCCACACAGUCUGUCGUUGAUGAUUGGAUCGAGGCCUACAAACAGGAUAGGGACACUGCUCUCCUGGACUUGAUCAACUUCUUCAUCCAGUGCUCCGGCUGUAAAGGUGCUGUGAGUGGAGAGAUGUUCAGACAUAUGCAGAACUCUGAAAUCAUCCGGAAGAUGACGGAAGAGUUCGAUGAGGACAGUGGUGACUAUCCAUUAACUCUCUCAGGACCACAGUGGAAAAAAUUCAAGAUAAACUUCUGUGACUUCAUUGCAGUCCUGGUGCGACAGUGUCAGUACAGCAUCAUCUACGAUGAGUACAUGAUGGACACGGUUAUUUCACUGCUCACGGGCCUGUCUGACUCGCAGGUCCGGGCGUUCAGACACACGAGCACACUAGCAGCCAUGAAGUUGAUGACGGCCUUGGUGAACGUCGCUCUGAACCUCAGCAUAAAUAUGGACAACACACAAAGACAGUAUGAAGCUGAGAGGAACAAAGUAAUUGCAAAAAGGGCCAAUGACAGAUUGGAGCUCUUGUUACAGAAGCGGAAAGAGCUGCAGGAAAAUCAAGAUGAAAUUGAAAACAUGAUGAAUGCAAUUUUCAAAGGAGUGUUUGUUCACAGAUAUCGUGAUGCCAUUGCUGAGAUCCGAGCGAUAUGCAUUGAGGAGAUAGGAGUAUGGAUGAAGCUGUACAGCGAUGCCUUCCUCAAUGACAGUUACUUGAAGUAUGUUGGCUGGACAAUGCACGAUAAGCAAGGAGAGGUGCGUCUGAAGUGCCUGACCGCCCUGCAAGGCUUGUACUACAACAGAGACCUCAACACACGACUGGAGCUCUUUACAAGUCGCUUCAAGGAUCGCAUUGUGUCUAUGACUCUGGACAAAGAAUAUGAUGUUGCAGUUCAAGCUAUUAAACUGCUGACUCUUGUCUUACAGAGUAGCGACGAGGUUCUGACAGCAGAAGACUGUGAGAGUGUGUAUCAUCUGGUAUACUCGGCACACAGACCCAUCGCUAUCUCAGCGGGGGAAUUUCUAUUUAAAAAGCUUUUCAGUCAUCGUGGUCCUGAGGACGAGGGAUUACCCAGGAGGGGCAGGCAGAGCCUCAACGGCAGCCUAAUCAAGACAACCGUGUUCUUCUUCUUGGAGAGCGAGCUCCAUGAACACGGGGCUUACCUGGUCGACAGCCUGUGGGAGUGCGGCUCAGAGCUGCUGAAGGACUGGGAGACCAUGAUCAGCUUGUUGUUGGAUGAGCCAAUGCCAGGAGAGGAAGCCCUUACUGAUCGCCAGGAAACUGCUCUGGUUGAGAUCAUGCUCUGCGCCAUUCGGCAGGCUUAUGAAUGUCACCCUCCAGUAGGCAGAGGCUCAGGGAAACGGGUCCUGACUGCAAAGGAAAAGAAAAUACAGCUGGACGACCGGACACGGAUCACAGAGAUGUUUGCAGUUGCGUUGCCUCUGCUAUUAGCAAAGUACUGCGUUGACAUUGACAAAGUGACGAAUUUGCUACAGAUACCAAAGUACUUUGACCUUGACAUCUACACAACUGGCCGGUUAGAAAAGCAUUUAGAUGCUUUGUUGCGACAAAUCUGGGAGGUUGUGGAUAAACACACAGACACUGAGGUGUUAGAGGCUUGCUCUACUACCUACCACAACCUCUGCAACGAGGAGUUCACCAUCUUCAACCGCGUGGACAUCACGCGCUCGCAACUCCUCGAUGAGCUGGUGGACAAGUUCAACAGACUCCUGGAAGACUUCCUGCAAGAGGAUGAAGAGCCAGACGAGGAUGAUGCCUACCAGGUUCUAUCAACGCUUAAAAAGAUCACCGCUUUUCACAACGCGCAUGACCUCUCAAAGUGGGAUCUCUUCACCAGCAACUACAGUCUCCUCAACACGGGUCUGCAGAACGGAGAUAUGCCUGAACAGAUUGUGAUUCAUGCCAUGCAGUGCACACAUUACAUCAUCUUGUGGCAUCUCGCAAAGGUUUCAGAGGGCGCUUCAGUAAAGGGUGAUAUGGUGACCCUGAGAAAGCAAAUGAGAGCGUUCUGCUUAAUGUGUCAGCGUUACUUGAACAGCAUCAACACUGCGGUCAAAGAGCAGGCCUUCACCAUAUUGUGUGAUCUACAACUGAUCUUCAGUCACCAGAUUAUGGCGUCGGGUCGGGAGCAGCUGGAGGGUCUGGUUAAUAUGCCAGACUCUUCACUGCAGGCAGAACUGCUCAACUUCAUCCUGGAUCAAGUUUUUAUUGAUCAAGAUGAUGACAACAACAGCACAGAUGGACAAGAGGAUGAGGCCAGUAAAAUCGAGGCCCUGCACAAGCGACGAAACCUUCUUGCUGCAUAUUGCAAAUUAAUCGUUUACAACGUUGUUGAGAUGAGCACUGCAGCAGAUAUAUUUAAACAGUACAUGAGAUAUUACAAUGAUUACGGGGAUAUCAUCAAGGAAACGAUGAGUAAAACGAGACAAAUCGACAAGAUACAGUAUGCAAAGACGCUUAUAUUGAGCCUACAAAAGUUAUUCAAUGACAUGCUGUCAGAACAUGGCUUCAAUUACGACCGCUCAACGUCGGCCUUCUGCGGCAUAAAAGAGCUUGCGCGGCGCUUCUCUUUGACCUUUGGUUUGGAUCAGAUGAAGACCAGGGAGGCCAUCGCCAUGUUACAUAAGCAUGGAAUUGAGUUUGCAUUCAAAGUGCCUAGUCCUCAAGGAGAGGGGUGUCCACCACUGAAUCUUGCAUUUUUGGAUAUCCUGAGUGAGUUCUCAAGCAAACUAAUUCGACAGGACAAAAAGACAGUUCACAUGUACUUGGAGCGAUUCAUGACAUUUCAGAUGGCCCUCCAGAGAGACGACUGCUGGUUGCCCCUCAUCUCAUACAGGAAUUCCCUGCAGGCUGGAGGGGAUGACGACACCAUGUCUGUCGUCAGUGGAAUCAGCAGUCGAGGGUCCACUGUCAGGAGCAAGAAAUCCAAAUCAGCCACUGGUAGCAAAAGAAAAGUACCUGAAGAGGAGAACAGCUGUAGCAGCAUGGAUGCAGUUUGGCUGAACCGUGAGCAGAGCGUACCGACUCCAUUGAUGAUGCAUUCUCCCCAACUCACUUCCACUGUGCUGAGAGAUCCAAAGAAGAUGAGGCCGGAGGAGAGCUACGCAGCCACAUUCACCAUGCCAGUAGAGCAACACCCUCAUCAGCCCGUGCCUCCCCAGCAGCAGCUACCCCAUCAGCACCAGGCCGCCAUUGAUUACAACACACAGGUUACUUGGAUGUUGACACAAAGGCAACAAGCUGAAGCCCGUCAGCACCAAGAACGGGUUAGCAUGCACUACGCUAAGAUGAGGAACCACAUGCAGCAAGCCGUUCGUCGGGGCUCUGGAUUAAUGGAGGAUGAUGAAGAACCAAUAGUGGAGGAUGUGAUGAUGUCAUCAGAGGACCGCUUGGAAGACAUGAACGAGGGCAUGGAUUUUGACACAAUGGACAUCGAUUUGCCAGCUUCUAAGAAUCGAAGAGAAAGGACCGAACUAAAGCCUGACUACUUCGAUCCUUCUUCCAUCAUGGAUGAUUCGGUUCUUAAUGUUUCGAUGUUCUAACAUGAAGCGGAUAAAGGACAAUACAUCAACAUCACAGAAAGAUGAAAUGACCGUUCUCUGUGAAAGAAGUGAAAUGGACUUCAAAUGGCUUGUGAGACACCAAUGUUUGCCUCUUAAAAUUUUGUUAAAAUGUAGAGGGAUAGUUUGAGCUUGAAUUUCUAUUUUAUUCUGCUUUUUACAAAUGCCAGACUUUUAUCAGACUGCAGGAAAUAUGUUGUUUUUCCAUGUUCCCUAAAAGCAAAUUGGUGUCAGCUUUUUCCGGCCUGGACUUGUGGCAGUCGAUGUGUAAAGUGUUUCGGGUUAACAGAAGCGCCAGCGCGGACACCGCAUGGCAGUUUCAUGGUCGACAGACAGUGACAGGCUGAAACUCGAAUGAUUAAUGUGAAUCUUUACACUUUUUAUUAAUUCAAUAAAUUGAGCAAAAUUCGAUAGAUUAGAUUAAAAAUAAAUUCCUGUAAAUACAUAGUGGCUAAUAUACUGAAUAGUGAACACAGUUCAUUAAACUUAUAAGAAUUCUACAAGCUUUGGAAAAUAAUACUACCUUUAUGAUCUUUGUAGUGUGUUCAGUUGGUAAAGACUAUAACGAUAUUGCACUUUGUUACAGAGAUGGUAAAUCAACUCAGUUGUAAUUUUACAGCCAUACUUCUUGAAACAAUUAUAAGCUAAAAUCAACGGCUCUGAUGCAAUCCAAACAGAAGCUGAAAAUAGUAAGGUUUCAUGAAGACAGCAGUUAUUACAUGGUGACUACAUUAAACUAUAAAGGAGUCAGUUGUAUUGUGUUCACUUGCUGUACUUGUAAACUGUAGAUUUUGGCAUGGCAUGCAGCCAUAUAUCAAGAUAUGUACACACUAAUGUAUAAUGUGAAAUGGCGUGUCAUACUGUUCAAAGGCCUUGCCACAACUGGUAUACAGCAUUCUCAGAUUUCUUUGUGAUAUUUUUUAGAAACAUGUGUUCUGCUUUUAUACCGUAUAGAUAAAUUUGAUUUAUAGAAAUUUUGUAAUGACAAUCAAAUGUAAAUUGAAUGUUUUUAAUCAUGUUAUUUCACAUAGAUACUAAAAUAAUCCUUUUUAAUCUAAAUUGAAUGGUGUUACUAUAGAUAUGGCCAGCUGUUUCUAUUUUUAUUUCUUCUCUCUAGAGCUGAUGGGUGCAAAAUAAUGGAUUGUUUUAUCGUAGUUAUAUAAUAACUUGAUGGUUGCAUCUUAAAAUAUUUUUAAUAUUGAAUGCAUUCACAAUGCCAUACAUACAAUCUUGACCCAAUGUUAAACAAGUAAUCUCUCCUAUAUCUUGACUAUUUUUUUGAUUGUAUAGUAAUUAAUAUUUAACAAUACAGACAUGCCAAAACUGUCAUUUGUAAAGGACAAGAUUUGAUAAAUGGUUAAGUGGA